AUGAGCGCCAGCAAUACCCCGGCAUUGCGGAACGGCAGAGCUACCCGCUCUUCUCUGGCUUGUCUGCCCUGCCGCCGGCGUCACAUGAAAUGCGACGGAAACCGUCCGUCCUGCAACCGCUGCGCUGAGACCGCUAAGGAGUGCCACUAUUCACAAUCGCGUCGGGGUGGCUUAGACCGCGCAGCUCUUGCAGCGCUGCGCAGACAACGCGCUGCCGCAGCAGCAACAGCAGCAUCAGAGGAAGCUGGGGUAACCGACAACUCGAACUCGCAACGAUUGCCGGGGCCGCAGCAGGACCAGGAAUUCAGGACCCAUGUCGUCGAGCCGGACUUCAUACGUGGCUACGGCCCGCAAGUUGAGAUCGAUUCUGGCAACGGGACCUCUAUCACACCGCUGCCUACAGCGACUCGCAUCCAUAUUGACAGCGUUGAGGAAGAUCCCCUUAUCGAUUCGUACUACAAAAAUUUCCAUAAAUUCCACCCACUCCUCCUACCGAAGAAACAUCUUGCGAUACAUUAUCGAGUUCCGAGCAAACAGCCUACACUAAAGCCGCUCAUCGCUAUUGUGCGCUUUAUCGGAAAUAUCUAUAGCGCGGGAGAUUGGUCAAUUCCGCUCAAGGACUACGCGGACGCCUGCUUCUCGCAAGCAGAACCCACAGAUCCAACCAUGGUCCAGUGCCGACUGUUAUCCUCCGUGGCCCAUUUCUGGUACGAUCACAAAAUCGAUGCCAUACAGGAAAUGAACACUGCUUUCCAGCUCGCCGUUGAUUUGCAGAUGUUUCGCAAGGAAUUUGCGGCCAAGCAUGGAUCCGGAGAUGCUGUAUUAAUGGAAUGCUGGAGACGAACUUGGUGGACGUUGUCCAUCGUAGAUGCAUACUAUGCGGGGACUCUAAAAACCAUGCGAUUUCGGGUUCUGGAUUUUGAGGCUACUGUAGAAUUGCCGUGCGAAGAAUCGGACUAUGAGUUAGGGGAAAUCCCCGAGCCUAAAACUCUUCAAGAGUUCGAUCACCGCGAAUUCACUUCCGAUAUUACAACGUUCUCAUCUUUCGCCUACCUCAUCGGUGCCGUACGAUGCAUAGCAUUGGCGAUAUCUACAGCACCACAGGUUGCGAAUAAGCAAGACUCAAUGCAUAUCCUACAGACUGCCGAUUCCAUUCUAAAUGGGUGGCUUCUUUUGUUACCAACAGAUCGAAAGCAGAUCAUGACAAAGACUGGAGAAAUCGAUGAGCUCAUGUUUCAAGCGCACCUUCUCAUUCACGUGGCAACGAUCGGAUUGCACCGGCCCUUGUCGGACCUGAAAUACAACCUUGUGGAAGGUGUCUCAGGCUGUGCCCGGGAACCACCUCCCGAUACUCCAACUGGAGAGCUCGCCAAUAUACACACCGAGCGGGUGCUGCGGUCUGUAGAGGCACAAAUACAGAUUUUAGCGUUACCAGUUCGACAGUUUCACCAUUCACCCUUUGUCACCUGCAUGAUUAGCGAGGGAACGCUAGCACUCCUCUCAGCCUGCAAGUUCCGGCUGAAAGAAAUGAAACUGACGAUCGCAAGAAACCAGAUCCGGAUGGCUAUUGGAUGUCUCAAUGCAUUGGCCGAGUUAUGGCCGAGAACAGCAAGGAAUGUGCGGGAGAUCCAGACUAUUGCACACCAUGUACUUGGACUUGGGUCUAAGACAGUGAAUAAUAAUGGUACGCCUAUGCCUAGCGAAGUGCCAUUGCUUUCUGGUGGCGGACAGAGAAGUGUUGGGUCGGAGGCUGAAGCAUCGGGCAACUACACCGACAUCCCUCCUUCUAGAGACACUUACGAGGAUCUCUGUGGAUGGUACAACCUAGGCGACCUAGGCGAUCUUGAUCUAAGUUGUCCGUUUGUGAUGAAUAAUAGCCAUGAGAUGUGA